AUGAGGGAGGCCUCGGACGCUGAGCGCCGGGCCUCCAGGGCCGAGGCGCUGCUGGCGGGCACCCUCGGCUCUGGCGGCGAGCGUGCUGUGGGCUCGGAGGAGCUCCGAGCUCGCCUCUGCGGCGUGGCCGGCUUCGAGCCGACCGAGGCCGAGGUGGCGAGGCUCGGCGCUGCAGUGGGAGGGCCCGCGACAGCCUUCGGCUACGAGGACCUGGCUGGCGAGGCGUUCGACGUCGAGCUGGCCGGGAUCCUCGCCGAGAGGCGCCAGCGAGAGGCUCAGAGGCGGGUGCAGGAGAGAGAGGCGCAGGCCGUGGCUCAGGCAGCUCAGCGCGCGCAGCAGGCGUGGGCGGAGCCUGUUCUGGGGAACGACGACCGCAGCAUUGGGACCCGCGUUCUCGCGAGCUUGGCGUACGUGCUGCCGCUGAUCGACCUGAUACAGUACGGACCCCCUCUGGCCCAGUUCCUGCCCAUCCUCUCCCCUCUCCUGGCGCUGCUGGCGAUCCCGUCUGCCGUCGUGAGCGCGGCCCCACUCGGCUUCGCAUAG